GCUUUAUGCCGGAGUACCGUCAGUUCAUGUGAUUGUUUCGACCAAGUGAGAGUGCUCGAGUGGUGCUUCGCUUGGUGAUAGUUUGUAGUCUGCAGCGAUUUCCCAAAAAAUUGCGAAUUUCUGCAGAAGUGCAAAGACACGUCGUGGCUUUUUCGAAAAAGUGAGUGCCCCAAAAAGCGGCCUUGCACGCGUGCGUGUGCAAAUUUGCUCGGUUAAUUGGCCAAACAAAAUAUUAGUGUACCACUAAGCGAUUUUUCUGUCGCAAUUGCGCCUCAAAAUUGCACACACACUUCCAAAUGACAAUAUUUGCGUGAUCAGCCUUCGAGCGCUUCAGUACUUAAAACACGCCUUCCAACCCAUGUUUUAAGCGAUCUUUUUGCUAUGCUGGGUGCCGAGCAAGCUGGGCUGAAUGCUGGGCGUCACGCUUUGGCCUGGGUACUAGGUCAGACCGAUAUUUGGUACCUAUUGUACCGGUGCGCUAAUUACGUUAGCAAGGGGCACGGUCAGUCACCCAGCAGUGUCUCCAUCCUGGACAACCUUUUCACCCUGGACGAGGACCAUUUGGACUACCAGGACGAAGACGAUCUCAACAACCAGUUCCUCAUCCAAGGCAGAGCAGAAACCCUCAACAAUGGGGCCCUCAGUCUCUCCCCGCCGCACAUCAUCUCCCAACGAGAAAACUUGCAGGUGAUGCAACCUGCAAGUGCCCCCGGCUCGCCCCCUUCUAGUCCUUGUGUCUCGCCCACGGGGCCCCCAGGCACCCUCGACCCCAACUGGCAGGCCAGCAAGCCCACGGUUCGGGAACGCAACGCCGCUAUGUUCAACAAUGACCUAAUGGCGGACGUGCGGUUCAUUGUUGGCAGCCCUGGCGCCACUCAGGACAUCCCCGCACACAAAUACGUCCUGGCGACCGGAAGUUCCGUCUUCUAUGCCAUGUUUUACGGCGGACUGGCCGAAUGCAAGGAGGAAAUCGAAGUACCUGACGUCGAACCGUCUGCGUUUCUCACCUUACUCAAAUAUUUAUACUGUGAUGAGAUCCAGCUGGAAGCGGACACGGUUCUUGCAACUUUAUACGUAGCGAAAAAAUAUAUCGUUCCGCAUUUGGCGCGUGCCUGUGUGAACUAUCUCGAAACUAGUCUGACUGCGAAAAACGCCUGUCUCUUGUUGAGUCAAUCGCGUCUUUUCGAAGAACCGGAACUGAUGCAACGAUGUUGGGAGGUGAUUGACGCUCAGGCCGAGAUGGCGUUAAAAUCGGAGGGCUUCGUCGACAUUGACAUGUCAACCCUCGAGUCGGUCCUGGCCCGAGAGACUUUAAAUUGCAAAGAGAUGAAUUUACUAGAGGCAGCUUUGAACUGGGCGGGGGCCGAAUGCGCCCGUCAAGACGUCGAACCCACCCCACAAAACAAACGAGCGGUGUUGGGCAACGCCCUCUACCUGAUACGAAUCCCGACGAUGACACUUGACGAAUUCGCAAACGGUGCUGCACAAAUGGGCAUUCUGACGCAAGAAGAGACUAUAAAUAUUUUCUUUCAUUUUACAGCGAAUAACAAACCCAGUCUGCAGUACCCCAUCAAGCCGCGCGCCGGACUGAAAUCGCAGGUGUGCCACCGGUUCCAAUCGUGUGCCUACAGGUCGAACCAGUGGCGGUAUAGAGGACGCUGCGACAGCAUCCAGUUUUCGGUCGACCGCCGCAUUUUCGUGGUCGGUUUCGGGCUUUACGGCUCGUCGAACGGCGCUGCCGAUUAUAGCGUUAAAAUCGAACUGAAGCGCUUAGGUCGCGUUUUGGCCGAAAACAACACUCAGUUUUUCUCAGAUGGUUCUAGCAAUACGUUUCAUGUGUACUUCGACAAUCCGAUACAAAUCGAACCCGAGUCGUUUUACACGGCUUCGGCCAUCCUAGACGGCGGCGAAUUGAGUUAUUUCGGACAGGAGGGUAUGAGUGAGGUGACUGUUGGCCAAGUGACGUUUCAAUUUCAAUGUUCCUCGGAAAGUACAAACGGAACAGGAGUACAAGGAGGUCAAAUUCCGGAACUUAUUUUUUACGGACCGGCGUAUGAAGAACACUAGGACGUGUAGGGUUUUUGUUCGGGCGUUAUGCGAAUUGUUUACUUUCUGUUUGUUUAAAGUGCUGUGAAUUAAGGGACUUUUUAUUUAUGAUUUAAUGUUAAGGUGAUGUUUUUUUACUUGAUUUUUUGUUUGUAAUAACGAAACUGGAUAUCUCCAAAAGAUGUUGUGUUCACACAUAUGAAAUACAAAUACUGUAAAUAGUUUGUUUAAAAAAUAUAUAAUACUAAAAUGAUAUAUUCCCGUAAGAAAGCUUAAUCAUUAGAUAUUUUUCGAAAUGUCUUACAGAUUUUUGCCUCUCAAGUGAUAACCAUGUACUGUUUUGAGGUUUAGGUUUGAGUCAGACGAGUCCAUGUAUUAACCAAACAGGGUUCGAUGAAUACAGACGUGUAAAAGUAGCUUAGCUUUUUUUAUUUACUGUUUUGUUAUUACGAGAAGAUUUCCAGAGUAACUACUAGCAUAGCAAUAUUUAUACGGCAAACAUUUGCUUACAUUGCCAUGAUAUUCGUUACUACUUAUGUGAUACAACAAAUAAUUUGAUAAAAUAUAUAUCUUGGUAGUUUCAA